AAUGCAAAACAUAAACUCAUCUAUACAAUUUAAUACCCCUCCACUACCUUCAUUUUCGUUUGAAGAACCAAUAGCAGUCACAAAAUGUGCAAACAAUAACACAGAUUUAUUAAUCCCUAUUCCAAACAAUUUAAAUACUGUAAUCGCAUCAACUGCCAGCCUUUCUACUAAUGCUCCUUGUUCUUCUUCAAAUAUAUUUCCCUUUAAUUUGAACGAAAUUAACUCUAUACAGGUAAAUUAA